AUGAUAGGUUUCGUACACUCCCAGCUGGUAAAAGAUCACACAACUUUGGUACAUGGUCUAGUGUGUCUUGAAACUGACAUAUUUACCACACUCACUUGUAUCAUGCGCUUGUAGCAACACUUUCUAUGCCUGUGUCCGCGUAUGUUCCCACUUGAACCCUAAACAUUUCACUUUGAAAAGGUAGAGAAGAUAUCACUAGACUGCAACACGUGCUUUGAAAGGUAUAAAAAGAUACACACAAAUGUUACAUCUAUCUUAAAUAGUGUUAGUUUUUUUGGUUGGCCAUCUUAUCUUUCCUACUUCUACUUGCUCUCUUAUCUGAAAUUGAGAGAGAGAGAGCUAACCAGUCAAUAUGGAGGCUCAUGCUAGCCCCAGCAUGAAGAAGGCCCUCCUGGUGCUGAACUGCAUCCUGCUCUCCAUCGGCAACUGUGGCGGUCCGUUGAUCAUGCGCCUAUACUUCAUCAAAGGCGGUAAAAGACUAUGGCUGUCGAGCUGGCUAGAGACCGGCGGUUGGCCAGUCAUCUUCAUCCCCCUCAUCAUCACCUACAUGCAGCGCCAUGCCAAGGAAGGCUCCACCGCCAAGCUCUUCUUCAUGAAACCUCGCCUGUUCUUCGCUUCUGCCGUCAUCGGCAUCCUCACUGGCGCUGACGACUACUUCUACGCCUAUGGUGUGAAGCGCCUGCCUCUUUCAACAUUGACUCUAAUCAUUGCUAGCCAUCUGGCCUUCACAGCAGGCUUUGCCUUCCUUCUUGUUAAGCAGAAGUUCACUGCAUAUUCGAUAAACGCAAUCGUCUUGCUGAGUGUUGGAGCUGCAGUUUUGGCCCUCCACACAAGCAGUGACCGUCCAGAGGGUGAGUCCGAUAAGCAGUAUUAUCUAGGGUUUUUCAUGACACUUUUAGCUGCAGCGCUCUACGGAUUCAUUCUACCGCUGGUGGAGUUGACAUACAACAAGGCAAAGCAGGCAAUUACCUACACACUGGUGAUGGAGAUUCAGAUGGUCAUGUGUUUCUUUGCUACUGCUUUCUGCACAGUAGGCAUGCUUAUUAACAAUGACUUCAAGGCAAUUCCAAGGGAAGCAAGAGAGUAUGAACUCGGUGAAACAAGGUAUUAUGUGAUACUGGUAUUCAGUGCCAUAAUUUGGCAGGGUUUCUUCUUGGGAGUAAUAGGAGUCAUCUUCUGCGCUUCAUCUUUGCUGUCUGGAGUUUUAAUUGCUGUUCUACUCCCAGCCACCGAGAUCUUAGCUGUUAUAUUCUACCACGAAAAGUUCCAAGCAGAAAAAGGGGUCGCUCUUGUCCUCUCUCUUUGGGGAUUUGUUUCUUACUUCUACGGCGAGAUAAAGCAUAGUAAGAAAAAGAGUCGAACUCAAUCUCAGCAAACGGAGGUGCCUCAAAUUGGAACUCCAUAAAUAUGAUUAUUGCUGAAUAUAAGCAUCAAUGUUAUUAUUCUUAGCAUAACCUUGUAAAAAUCAAUAUAUAUUGCUGUCAAAUGGAAAGCCUUAGAUUUGGUCUCAACACAUACAAAUCAUUGUUGUUCGGUCUCCAUCUAGAAUUAUUUUUGCCAUUGCAAUCCGGUGACAAGGCUCUUAUAUAUCUGUUAUUUUCUAACAUGAAA